AUGUAUACCAAGGUCGCUACUCUCUCCCUCGCCGCUCUCGCCAGCGCUUCUCCAGUCGCUCGGUCCCUUUCCACCUCUAAGGCGUACCAGCUCCAGGCUCAACUCGUCGACCCCGCUAAGGACUUGAACCCGCCUAUCUCCGGCCAGUUCCUUUCCACCGCUCACACCGGUGCCGGUCUUAACGUCGCCACUCUAUCCGCCAACGCGGACCCCAGCUCUCCUCCCUUCUACACCAACGGUACCUCCACCGAUGGCUUCGUCGAUGUCCUAAACGACCUCGGCACCGACUUCAGCUGGGGUAUCAUCGUGCAAGGCUCCGACGCCACCGACCCUAACUUCCCCGGCGAGCACUCCGUCAGCGUCAACGCCGGCGGCGGCUCCGACGGCAUGGGCAUCCAAGCCACCGACACCACCGCCCAGCUCCACGCCCCCGAGUCCGGUGACUUCGCUGUGUGCACUCGCCACGUCGACACCUUGAACGAGGACCUCCCCGUCGUGCGCUUCGUCUACGAGGGCGAGACUAUUCCCGAGGGAUGUGUCGGUGUGCAAUUCGUUCCCAUCUGCGCCCAGCUCAACGACCUCCCGGCCGACUCCCAGACUACCCACGACUUCGUCCAGGAGGUUCCUUGCGUCGCUUCCUCGUAA